UUUAUGAUAAAAACCCUAAUUUCUCCUGGAUCUGAGAUUGCUUCGAUGAAUUUCUGUGUUGAUUGUCCAUUGAUCGAAAUGGUAAUCGGAUUCUGCUGAAGUUCUGCCAAUUUUCUGCUGUUGUUUCUUCGUUUUUUCAUAUAUUUUUUGAUCCAUUUGAAUGUCUCGAAUCUGACGCCAUGAGGAAGAAGCUCGAUACCCGCUUUCCUGCUGCUCGAAUAAAAAAGAUAAUGCAAGCAGAUGAGGAUGUUGGAAAGAUAGCACUGGCAGUACCUGUUUUAGUUUCUAAAGCAUUGGAGCUAUUCUUGCAAGACCUCUGUGAUCGAACUUAUGAGAUAACUCUACAAAGAGGAGCAAAGACAAUGAACUCGUUCCACCUAAAGCACUGUGUACAAAGCUAUAGCGUCUUCGAUUUUCUGAGGGAUAUUGUUAGUCGGGUUCCCGAUUAUGGUCAUGGUCAUUCUGAUGGUGCUGUUGAUGAUAGAAAGAGGAGGAAGCCCCUUGGUGAUGAGGGCAAUGAUAUUGAUGAGUUGAAGAAGAUCAGGAUGCAUGACAUGAGCCAUGGCAGCACUGGUAGAGGAAGAGGAAGAGGACGAGGAAGGGGUCGAGGACGACCAGCUCGAACAGCUGAAAGAGACAACAUCCCACCUAAUCCCGAAGCCGACGCUUGCACAUCUAUAGAAAACAGGAACAAGAGCCCCAAUCCAGAUGUGCAGAUGGAGCAUCAUGUCGAGCCAAGCAAAACAUCAAAAGAAGUCAGUGAAGAAGCCAAUCAAGCUAUUCAAAACUUUGAUCUUAAUGCCGAUGUCGUCAAUACCAACGAAGACUCCAACAAGACUGUAGCAGCAGCAGCAGCAGCCAUAAUACCAGAAGUGCCUGUCGAACCAACCGGGCCUACUACCACCGAAUCCGAGGCUAAAGCUGCUGCUCCUGCUGCUGCUGCUGCUGAUGAUGAAUUCCCUGCCUGGCCUCUCUCGGACGUCGACAAAAUGGCAAUCGACCCUCUCCAAUAUGCACAUCUCAGCACAAGAGUAGACGAGGAAGAGGAAGAUUAUGAUGAAGAGGAGUAACCUCCAUUGAAGCAGCAAGCAAGCAAAAACACUACAGAGGGAAGAAGGUCAGUUUUAAGAAGGCAAAGAAAGAAAUUAAAGAAGAAUCAGAGAAUUGGAGUUUGAAUAUGUGUAGUUUAGUAGUUCUUUCUAUCUGAAAUCCUUUCUCUGAUUUAUUCCUUUUUUUUGUUUCUUACUUCUUAAUGUUCUAAGUAUAUUGGUUUCUCAAUCUAACAUUAGGUCUGUAGCUGUUGAAUGUAAUAGCUUGUUCAUUAUGUAAUCCAUAACAUUAACAGUAGCUUCUACUUUUUUUUUUUCUUUUUCCUUCUACUUUGCUCUUUUUCUUGGAAGCUGAUAGGUGCAUGUCGUGUGAAACCCUAAUUAAAUUACUCGAGAUUAUUAGUUGUCGAUGCCCAAGUAAA